GGGAGAUGGCGGAGAGGGAGUCGGGGUCUGAGAGCAGCGAGGAAGAGACCCUGCCCUCCUUCGCCUACCUGCUGCAGCCGCCCCCAUGCCUCGGCGAGCCGAGCCGCCCGCGGUCGCCAUCUCCUGAGCCUGAAGUGGCAGAGGUUGUCGAGAUGGUGAGCAGCGGGAGCGAAGAGGGAGUGGACGUCGUCCCUUCGCACGAGAUUGUCAAGAUGAGGGUGGGAGCGGAGCCUGAGCCUUUCAACUUGGGCGCCGAUGAUGAAGGAGAGGCAUCUGGGCUUUGUGCUACUGGUGACCUGAUGGCUUCUGGGAGCGAAGGGCUUCGGCAAGACCUGACGCCGUCUGGAGAAGUAGCUUGUAAUAGUGAGACUGGUACACGCAGUGUUGGGACAUCCUCCUUGUGCUCCUUGCCAGUCGACUCUGACAGGCCUAGUAGCCCCCCGGUAAGCAGAGAAAGGCCAGAAACAUCGCUCCCUCUCAAGAAGCGACAAUAUAGUCAGAAGGAACGGGAGGCAAUCUGCCAGAAUGCGUGGCAGAGAAGGAAAGAGCAAGAAGCAAAGACGAGGAAGCAGGAGGAGGAGAAAGAGAGGAAGAGAGCCGUUGCCAAGAUGCUGAAAGCUCAGCGGCCAGGAGAGUGCCAGAAAUACAUAACAGUGGUGCUAGAUCCAGUCAUCUUACAGGUAGAAGGUGGCAAGCAGAUCCUUAGUGCUUUGCAGGCUGCCAAUUAUUCCUGUGUGUUUGAGAACCACGCUGUUCCCUGCAGCAUCACCUGGAGGAGAAAGACAGUGACGUCACAGAUGGGAGGAGGAGAUGAAUGGACAGAAGAACCAAAUGUUCUGGUUCUGCUUGGCUUGGAGGAGUUUUUGUCCAUGGCUCACAGCUACAAGCAAAAUGCUGAUGGCUGUGCAGAAAGGCAGAAGGAGACCCUGCAGAGCUAUGUGGCUCGUACGAUGGAGAAAAUGCCUGGGAGAAUUCUGGCUCUGGCAGUAGUUGGAGUAGAAAAUUAUUUCAGGUCUCUCCAAGUUCAGCCAAAACAAAGGCUGCGACAGACUGCAAGUGGGAAUCAAGAGAAACGGGGAGGAAGGAGAAAAAAGGAGUCUAAGGAUUCUAACUUGGACUUAUCCAGAAUGGAUGUGAAAGAAGCCCUGGUGGAUCUGCAGCUGAGCACACAAGUCCAAAUCAGCAUUUUUGAGAGCAAUGAAGAGCUUGGGGAAUAUGCCACUAUGUUCACAAAAGCUGUGGCUGAAGCACCAUACAAGCGAGAGCGAGAGAACACAGGGUUCUCUUUCUACUUGGAGAAGGACUGUUGCAGAGGGGUGAAGGUGGAUCCUUCUGGAAAGGGUCUCUUGAAAGUUUGGAAGAGGCAGAUACAGCAAUUUAACCGUGUAAGCUCUGAGAUGGCUGAGGCUAUCGUGUCUGCCUACCCUUCUCCUCAGCUUCUGAUCCAGGCCUAUGAGAAAUGCUCCUCGGACCAGGAGCGGGAGAACAUGCUGGCCAAUAUCCCUGUGCACCGUGGGGAGGGUGUGACAGCCACCUCCCGGCGCAUUGGGCCGGAACUGUCCCGACGCAUCUAUCUGCAGAUGACUUCCCACGACCCCGACCUCUGUCUGGAUUUUACUGGGUAGCACAGGGAAAAAGGAUUGUACUAUUCAGUUAAGUGUUCCAUUUUGGAUUUCACUGGGUAGCUCCAGGGAAUAAGGGUUUUUAACCAUUUGUCUGGUCGAGUUUUCAGUUUUCUUCUGUGAAGAAGUGCUUAGGUAACACUCAUUGAUCCCUGUUUAAAGACUUGAAACACAUUAAGACUUUAUUGUAGAAGGAAAAAAGUUGGAUAAAGCUGCUGAAUAGCAGGAGUUUACACAAGAGAUGGUGAACAUCUUCCCUAAGCACAUGAGUUGCACACAGCUUAUAGAACUGAUGUUGUUUUAUUUGUCUUUCUAUAAAAUAAAUAAUUU